CGUAUCGCCAGCUGUCAAUCACAGCAAAUUUUCAACCAAUGAAAUAAUUUCGUUUAUUCUGCGCGUUCAGUGAAAACUUGCGCCGCCAUAUGUUCCGACAAACACUGGGCGAGUUAGACUGACUCUGGACUAGUAAACAAAUAGGUAUAAAUCAAUUAUGGUUAAAAGAUGUAGCUGGGGGACUUGUAAUACUGAUGACAGGUAUCCCGAGAGGCUGGAAGGGGGAGUCAAAUUCAUUCCAUUUCCGAAACCAGCAACAAAUCUGGAAAAAUGCAGAAGGUGGAUUCGACUUUGCGAAAGGCCUUCAUAUCAACUUAAUGAGGAUAUUUUAAGAGAUCGAAAUAAAUCCAAGCACUUUUAUGUGUGCACAAAGCAUUUUAUUGACGGGGGACAGUCAGAGAAAUACCCCGACCCACUGCCAGCUCUACAACAUGACCGAGUCACCCCAAGCAGACCAGCGCCAAAGAGACGCCAAUCAUUUGAUUGUCUUAAUGACAACUCAAAGUCAAAGAGGGUUUUGAAGGAGAUCAGGGUGAAUGAAAAUGGAGAGCAAGAAGUUCAACACAUAGAGGAUGCGACUGUGCCUCAUCUAGAAAUAAGCACCACUAUUGCCAUCUUGGAAAACUGUCAACCUCAAAAAGAACCAAUAAACCCUACUG